CAAAAAAACCCCUGCACUGGGAAACAGAAACUCUUCCUUCCCUGGAUCCUGAGGAUGAUGAAAGCGAGGAUGAGCUAUCUGCUGUGCAGAAACGGAAAAGAAACCAGCUGCCCUUUUAUAUGGAGCUGUAGUACUUAGUAGAAGGCAGAGGGAGAGGCUGCCUGGAGAGUGCCUGCAGCCCUGCUCUGAGCGCCUUGACUCACACAGCAGCCAGUCACACAGCAGCCAUGAGUACCACCAGGAAGGAGUCAUUGGAGAGCAGUCUACGGCAGCUAAAAUGCCAUUUCACCUGGAACCUGAUAGCAGAAGAUGAAUCCUUGGAUGAGUUUGAGGACAGGGUGUUUAACAAGGAUGAGUUUCAGAACAGUGAGUUUAAAGCCACCAUGUGCAACAUAUUGGCCUAUGUAAAGCAUCGCAGAGGUCUGAAUGAGUCGGCGCUGAAAUGCCUAGGGGAAGCCGAAGACUUCAUCCGGCAACAGCAUCCUGACCAAGUAGAAAUCAAAAGUCUGGUCACUUGGGGAAACUACGCUUGGGUCUACUAUCACAUGGGCCAGCUCUCAAAAGCUCAGGCUUAUCUGGAUAAGGUGAAAGAGGUCUGCAAGAAGUUUUCCAGUCCCUACAGGAUUGAGAAUCCUGCGCUUGACUGUGAGGAAGGGUGGGCCCGAUUAAAGUGUACCAAGAACCAAAACGAGAGAGUGAAGGUGUGCUUCCAGAAGGCUCUGGAAAAGGACCCGAAGAACCCAGAAUUCACCUCUGGAUGGGCCAUUGCGAACUACCGUCUAGAUGACUGGCCAGCAAAGAAUGACUAUAUUGACUCUCUGAAGCAAGCCAUUAGUCUGUCUCCUGACAACACUUACAUUAAAGUCCUCUUGGCACUGAAGCUUGAUGGGAUGUAUGAAAAACAAGCAAAGGAGCUAGUUGAAGAAGCCUUAAAGAAAGACCCAAGUGCAAUAGAUACACUGCUCAGUGCGGCCAGGUUUUAUUACAAGAUACAUGACACAGACAGAGCCAUACAGUUGCUUAGAAAGGCUUUGGAAUCCCUGCCAGACAAUGCUUAUGUGCAUUACUAUAUUGGAUGCUGUUACAGGGCAAAAUUCUUUCAAAUAGACACAAGGGAAAGGGCAUUUAAUGGAGAUAGGAAGAAGAUAGAGGAACUAAUGCAACUAGCACUGAAUCACUUACGGAAAGCAGAGGAAAUCAAGGAGAUGAUUGAAAAUUCCUGUAGCUUCCUUGCUGGUCUUUAUGUUAUAAAAGGGCAGUAUGAAGAAGCUGAUUAUUACUUCCAGAAAGAAUUCAACAAGGACCUCCCUCCUGGCCCUAAACAGUUACUCCACCUUCGGUAUGGCAACUUUCAGUUUUUUCAAAUGAAGCGUGAAGACAAGGCUGUCUACCAUUAUAUGGAGGGUGUGAAAAUAAAGAGGAAAACAAAGCCAAGAGAAAAGAUGAGAGAGAAACUCCAAAGAAUCGCCCGAAGGCGGCUUUAUAAAGAUGAGUCUGAUUCUGAAGCCUUGAGCAUCUUGGCAUUUCUUCAGGAGAACAGAGAAGGUCAGCAAGCUGAUGAAGAUAUGGAGUCUGUAAACCAGGUCCUUUCAGCAUCUCUGGAUGAAGCAGGUGCUGAAUACAAGUGAUGUGGUACCCAGCUUACUGCUGGAAGGGGAAAGAAGACCCUAACCAAAUUGCCAUUCACAAUACUUAACCACUUCCUGGACCAAGCCUGGACUAUCAUACUGACUAGAGUAUUGGUCAGGAUGGUGGGGAACCCUGCUACCAGAUUUUAGCACCUGAAUUCCUGGAUCGUGGAGUGGUCUGAGAGAGGGACCAGAUGAGGAGAUAGAGGAGGGGAUAGACGCAGGAUCUUGGCAAACAUCCCAGAACUCUUUCUAUUUCUUUAAAAUAGUUUCCACAGUAGCAAUUCUUUAAUCACCCCCCACCCAGUGGAGGCUUGUCUUGGGCUUGUUUCUGAAUUUAUGUAAAGCAGCCAAAUUCCUCACAUGGGAGAGUGUUCCAUCCUUGAAUUAUUUUAGAUAUUUUAGAUAUUUAGCCUUGUUCUACAUAGAUGACAAUGUCCAUCAAAAAGCUGAGGAGCCAGGGUCUGAGGCUCAGGACUGUAAUCCUAGCACUUGGAAACUGAGACAGGAGGAUUACAGUGAGUUUGAGGUCAACCUGAGCAUGACCUGGAAGGAGGUGGCAGUGGUGGUGGUGGGUGGUGAGAAUUAUACAUGUAAAUAUUUAAUGCUUAUGUACAUUACCUUGUUAGUUUGAGUGCAUACAUGUCUACAUAACCACUAAUAUCACACACAUAAAAACACAGAAGGUGUUUUUGCUUUAUUGAAUAAUUUUGCUUUAUUGAAUAAUUUUAAGACUUACAAAAUAAUGUUCAAUAUUAGUUGAGCUCAAAAUAGAAAUUCAAUAGUGACUCCCAGGUCUAAAAACAAACAACAAAAGCUAUGGGACCCAAUCACUCCUCCAAUUUACCAGCCCGUCCUCAAUCUAUGGUGUCCCAUAUACAUGAGGUCAACUGUUCCAUUAGCUCAGAUGGUAGCAGGAUUGGAAAAACUGAGAACAGGGGAAGUCAGAAGGCUCCUAUCUGCGUAAACCAGUAGACUCAGGCAGCUACAACGCCCGACCUCCGGGAGGCAUGAGGAGAUGUCUCCCCACUCUGCCUUCCUAGGACUAUGUUGUUGUAUGAAAAAAAGGGGGAUUCUGUCUACCACCAUGACAAUUCAUAUAAACAUUUAUUUCAAGCGUGUGGAAACCUCAGUGGGGACGAAGGGAUUGCUGAUUUAUACUUGAUGAUUAUAAACUCUCGAGGAAAACGAUUAUAGUCACUGUUAGGAAGAUCUGCCUGUCAAACGAAUACUUAUUUUAUUCAGAAAUGGUAUAAUGAACUUAUAUUGCAGAUGCCAGGAAGGCAGCUGCUCGGAAGAACAACUUGGACUGAAGCUUGGGUCGAGGGACUUAGAAAUGUCGUGGGUACUGGAAUUGAGUUUUUCUUCCAUUAGCAAUGUGACACACCAGGGGAUAUAAAUAAUUCUUUCAGCUCUGAAAAAACUACAGAAACACCAAAAACUUGAUAAUUGCCAUUUCCGAGGUAGAUCUUGAAGGCCUUAAAUGUUAUAUUGGUGUGAAUCGACAGUCAAGUGGCCCAGUAUGACACUGUCAGCCACACUCUGGGAUACAAAGAUGUUUCCCUACUGGGAUCAGCUUGCCUUUAUGUAUAUAUUAACAUUUUAUUCACCAAUCAAAACAUACACGACUCAUAAACUGUUAAAAUUAAACAUUCUAACAGAUGUAACAAUGUUCCAUGAUAUAUUAAAAAUGAAAAUGUUCUGUAUGCACUAAGUUCAUUGAUAUUCACCAUUUGAAUUUCUGGAAAAAUAAUAAACUGUUUAUAAAUAACAU